AUGAAUUCCCACUCUAUUAGAAGAUUAGGAAUACUAAGUGCUAGAAAUCUUCAUUGUGGAUCCAUAUUGAAGAAAUCUCACAAGGGUACAUUUAAGUCAGGGGAUACCAAAAUUGAUACUGAUGAAAUUACCACUGAAAAUAAUCCUUGGUCUCCUACAAUCUUGGAUGAUAUAGUUAAGGUAAGAAAGCCAAGAUCUUUAGUAUCAGAAAAAUUACCGUCAAAUUAUAGACUUGCAUAUCAACCGAUGUAUGAGGCCCCUAGUACAAAAUAUGUAUCAUUAUUAAAAAGAAUCACUAUGGGUUUUAGUGUAUUGGGUAUUUAUGGAGCUAAAUUAUUACAUGAUUCAAAUGUUGAAGAUAUUUACUUAUUAACCACUAUACUUACGUUUUCAUUACCAUAUUUGGGAGUUCACUAUAAAACUAAAGAUUACAUUACCAGAAUUUUCAGAUUAUAUGAUAAAACCAAACCGCAAACUUUAGAGAAUUUGGUUAAUGAUGAAAAUUUAAUAAUGGAAAAGUUGUCCUUCACUGGAACUAAAACUUACAACAAUUUGUUAAAGAUUUCAGACAAUGAAUCAUUAACAAUAAUCCCAGAAUCCAAAGGAUUGAUGAAUCUAUUAUCACCAUAUGAAAAUUGGAUUUCCACCGAUAAGGAAACUGGUGAGAAGCAAAAAUUUUACGUGGUAGACGAUAUUGGUGGAAUGAAGAUGGAUAGAAUAUGGGGUAUUAUAGAGAAGAACUCCAACAUAGAUAAUGGUCGUUAUAUAGAAAGUAAACAAUAG